AUAGGUCCGUUUAUGCCAUCAUACGCCAAAGUAUCUCGCUCAGACGCAUACAAACGAAAUCAUGCUGCGCUCAAGAGCAUUCUCAAAUUGAUCCCAACCAGUAUCUCAGCGUUACAGCAAGCCAUCCUCUCGUACAUUCCCAGAACGCACGAAAGCAGUGCCAGCCAGGCUGCAUACAUCAAUAAUAUUCUCCAAGUCACCACGUACAUACCUUUUCUGCGCAAACAUGUAAUGUCGUUGCUGAUAACGCACAUGAUCCAGUUUGAUGCUCAUAUUCAAAUCGAACUCGAUGAAUUGGAAGAAGAUGUGGAGUUACAAGAAUUUACGUUGGAUUUCGAUGCGGACUACAUGUCGGACGACAGCGAUGAUGAGGGCUCGGAUGAAGAUGACGGGGGUGACGACGACGAAUUCGAUGCUGACGGUGACGACAGCGACAAUGAGACUGAAAAGAAGCUGUCAGAAGAGAAGCGGAAACAGAAGAUCGAGUCCAUGACGCGCAAGCUCGAUGCCAUGAUGCUACUGCUGCUACGAUAUCUUUCCAGCUUUGGCAUGGACGGCGCCACCCCUUCUGAACGCACCGAUAUGUUCAACAACCUCGUUACGAUUUUUGAUGGGACUGUUGUCAAGACAUUAAAAUCGCGCUACACCCAAUUCUUGGUCUUUUACUUUUGCUCGCUCGACGUGAAUGCCUACCCAGAGCUCUUCUUGAACCAUCUCCUGGAACACAUGAUGGAGCCAUCGCGUCCGGGUAUUACUCGCAUAUCCUGUGCCAUGUACAUUGCGUCCUAUGUCGCCCGUGCCAAGUUCCUUGAUGUCAGCAGUAUCCAGAGAUCUGUGAACGUGCUUUCGCAGUGGUGCAAUGACUACGUCGACCAUCACGAGCAUCGUGGAACCCAGCCGGAUGCAUCCAAGUACGACAUAUUCUACGCAGCGAUGCAGGCUAUCAUGUACAUUUUCUGUUUCCGCUGGCGAGAGCUUGUGUGCGAGGACGGUCUGGAGGAUCUAGUAGUGGAAGAACCUGUACAGCAAGGGCCACCCAUGAGCACAAACGCAGCUAGCAGCAAUGAGACCAUCGGCAGCAAUGGUGAGGUCGACACUGUACCUAUUAUCACUCUUGGUGGUAACGGUGAUGUGACGCGCAACUGGUGCGUCGGUUUAAAGAACUUGCCUCGAUUGAUCUCAAGUCGGCUCAAUCCACUCAAGGUUUGCUCAGACUUGGUCGUGAACCAGUUUGCACAUAUGGCACGUACAACCAAUUUCAUGUAUGUCCAUCCAAUUAUUCAACGAAACAAGAAGAUCGCUAUAUCCGGCAUGGGCCACACCAAUCUGCAAGCGGUCCAGUCGUUUUUCCCGUUUGACCCGUACAAGUUGAAGACGAGCAGCCAAUUCAUCGAGAACAUAUACUCUGUAUGGCGGGGUGAAAACGACGAAGACGAGGACUCAUCGAGCGAAGACGACGAUUCAAGUGGAGAAGAUAGCAGCGAUGAAGAGGACGAAGAAGUAGCAACGGGCAUGUCAGCCAUGAGCAUCAGUCCAAGCCCACACAUACUCGCAUAA